CGCCUGAUGGCCAUAAUGGGACCAAUUGUCUGAAUGCUGCAGGGAGCUGAAUCUCCUGGUCAGCAAGACUGAAUUUCAGUCUCUGAUACUCCUGAAUGGACGUUAUGGAACACUACACCGUGCUGGGUAGAAGAAAACGGGACCCAUAUGUCAGUGGUCUAGGAUGGCCAGUGAAGGCUCCAACAUCCCAAGUCCUGUGGUCCGUCAGAUUGACAAACAGUUUCUGAUCUGCAGCAUAUGCCUGGACCGUUACAAGAACCCUAAAGUACUUCCCUGUCUGCACACUUUCUGUGAGAGGUGCUUACAGAAUUACAUUCCAGCCCACAGUUUAACGCUUUCUUGCCCAGUGUGCCGCCAGACCUCCAUUCUGCCAGAGAAAGGGGUUUCAGCACUCCAGAACAACUUCUUUAUCACUAACCUGAUGGAUGUCCUGCAGCGAACACCAGAAAACAGCAUUGAGGAGUCCUCCAUCUUGGAGACUGUCACAGCUGUUGCUGCAGGAAAACCACUCUCCUGCCCCAACCAUGAUGGCAACGUGAUGGAAUUUUACUGCCAGUCUUGUGAAACAGCCAUGUGCCGGGAAUGUACAGAAGGAGAACAUGCAGAGCAUCCCACUGUACCACUCAAGGAUGUGGUAGAACAACACAAGGCUUCUCUACAGGUCCAGCUGGAUGCUGUCAACAAAAGGCUUCCAGAGAUAGAUUCUGCACUUCAGUUCAUAUCUGAAAUCAUACAUCAGUUAACCAAUCAAAAGGCUAGCAUCGUAGAGGACAUUCAUUCUACUUUUGAUGAAUUACAGAAGACAUUAAAUGUGCGAAAAAGCGUGCUGCUUAUGGAACUGGAAGUGAAUUAUGGCCUUAAACACAAAGUUCUCCAAACACAGCUAGAUACCCUUCUAGAAGGACAGGAGAGUAUAAAGAGUUGUAGCAACUUUACAGCCCAAGCACUCAAUCAUGGUACUGAAACUGAAGUUCUACUGGUUAAGAAGCAAAUGAGUGACAAGCUGAAUGAGCUGGCUGACCGGGACUUCCCAUUGCACCCACGUGAAAAUGACCAACUGGACUUCAUAGUGGAAACCGAUGGACUGAAGAAAUCCAUUCACAAUCUGGGCACCAUUUUAACCACUAAUGCUGUAGCUUCUGAAACAGUUGCCACGGGUGAGGGACUGAGGCAGACUGUUAUUGGACAGCCUAUGUCAGUUACCAUCACAACCAAGGACAAAGAUGGGGAGCUCUGUAAAUCUGGAAAUGCUUACCUCACUGCUGAACUGAGCACACCUGAUGGGAGUGUGGCAGAUGGAGAAAUACUUGACAAUAAAAAUGGCACUUAUGAAUUUUUGUAUACUGUUCAGAAGGAAGGGGACUUUACUCUGUCACUGAGACUUUAUGAUCAGCAUAUCAAGGGCAGUCCAUUUAAACUUAAAGUUGUCAGAUCUGCAGAUGUGUCCCCUACUACUGAAGGGGUUAAGAGGCGUGUUAAAUCUCCUGGCAGUGGCCACGUGAAGCAAAAGGCCGUGAAAAGACCAGCUAGUAUGUACAGCACUGGAAAAAGAAAAGAGAAUCCCAUUGAAGAUGACUUGAUCUUCAGAGUAGGUACCAAAGGAAGAAACAAAGGGGAAUUCACAAACCUUCAGGGGGUAGCUGCAUCUACAAAUGGAAAAAUAUUAAUAGCAGACAGUAACAACCAGUGCGUGCAGAUAUUUUCCAAUGAUGGCCAGUUCAAAAGUCGUUUUGGUAUACGAGGAAGAUCUCCUGGCCAGUUACAGCGUCCCACAGGAGUAGCUGUACAUCCAAGUGGUGACAUCAUUAUUGCAGAUUAUGACAACAAAUGGGUCAGCAUAUUUUCAUCAGAUGGGAAAUUUAAGGCAAAAAUUGGGUCUGGAAAGCUCAUGGGACCAAAAGGUGUUUCUGUUGAUCGCAAUGGGCACAUCAUUGUAGUGGACAACAAAGCAUGUUGUGUGUUCAUCUUCCAGCCGAAUGGGAAAAUAGUCACCAGAUUUGGUAGCCGAGGAAAUGGGGACAAGCAGUUUGCAGGUCCUCAUUUUGCUGCUGUAAAUAGUAACAAUGAAAUUAUUGUUACAGAUUUCCAUAAUCAUUCUGUCAAGGUAUUUAACCAAGAAGGAGAAUUCAUAUUGAAGUUUGGAUCUAAUGGAGAAGGAAAUGGCCAGUUUAAUGCUCCAACAGGAGUAGCUGUAGAUUCUAAUGGAAAUAUUAUUGUAGCAGACUGGGGAAACAGUCGAAUACAGGUUUUUGAUGGAAGUGGAUCAUUUUUAUCCUACAUUAACACAUCUGCUGACCCACUUUAUGGUCCCCAGGGUCUAGCCCUAACUUCAGAUGGCCAUGUUGUAGUUGCAGACUCUGGAAAUCAUUGCUUCAAGGUCUAUCGGUACUUACAGUAACAAUGGGCUUUGGAAUGGAUAAUUCUCUGCCCUAAACAUACGACUGGUCCCAGAGAUCCUAAAUUGUUCUCUCUGCUGGAUGUCCACUACAUAAAAGAAUUCAUUUUUAAUAAUGGAAGGUGUCUUCAGUGGACUUCUCAUGUUAAUUUCCAAAUGUACCAUGUUUACGUAGGACUUGCAUCUCUUAUGUUCGUCAUGGAACUUUUUGUUGUAAGGGUUAGUAAACAAAACCCUCUUUGCUGAAUUCAUGAAGACAAUGAAAUAUUGAAUAUGUGAACUGCAGCUUAUGGAACAGGAAUUUAUAUAGUUGGCUAAUUUUCCAAUAUAAAAAAAGGAAUUUAAAAAACCCCAAACUAUUUGAAUGGGUUUGUUUGACCUGGAAAGGAUAGCUCCUGUUUUGAGCUUCCAAAUUUGAAAAGUGUCAUUGGUAUGCAUUAUUUAACCCAGAAAUGAAGUCUGGGACUCUUCUAGAUCUCAUUAUCAUGGUAGGUAUUACACUUGUAACGUUCUUCAGACUUAGUAACUAUAAACAGUAGGUUCUUUUAGUAAAAAUAUAAAGUUAAGUCAUAUAAAAUCUUCUAGCUGUAAUUGUGAGACCUAACAGCUCAACUUUUAGCACUACAAGCAUCAGUGCAAACUUCCUACUCUUUGUGGGAUUAAUGAAGGAUUGUUUUAUGUGCUUGUUUCUCACCCCUCCUAAUGCUCAAUAGGCUGUAAGGACUUUGAAAAAACCUGAACUUUCUAAAGCUUUGAGAAGACUUUAUUGUAAUAACAUUAGUGACAGCUGAAUUUCUAUAGAAUGAUGGACCCAUUAACACAAAACUAAUUCAUUAGAAUCAGGGUCAACACAGUUAUAUGAUGUCAACUCAAUUAAACUCAUGUGUACCACUCUUCCAUACACGUUCCUUGCUGUGCUUUCUUGAGACAACCCAUUGUGUUCAACAACAUAGCAUCAUGCAGGAUAGAAAGCCAGACAGGUACCCUUUUGGAGGACCUACAUUGUACAACCAAAGGAACUUUGGUUAACUGAGUUGUAUGGUGAAAACCAAGGGUUACCAAAGCUAUUAGUUUUUAACUUAAGAAAAGUACAUCUCAAAUAAUCAAAAAUUUAACCAGUUCCUGCAAUCCAAACUUUCUUUAAAGACAAAACAGGGGCUGCAGGAUUUGUCCCAUUACGUGUGUGUGUGUGUGUGUGUGUGUGUGUGUCUGACACAAUAAUGAAGAGAUUAAGUGUAAGUGAUUUCAGCUAGCUGAACUGUAAAAGCCUUUUGAGUAUGGCAGCGCUCUGAAGAGAGUCCCCCACAAAAUCUGUUCCUUGUGAAACACCAACAUAAUUGAAAAUGCUUACAACCAAUGACUUGGCUCUGCUAUCAUUAUUUUCUUGUUUAUAAUGUGCACCUGUCCCUUUUCAGAAGCAUUAGCUUUAUUAAGAAUAUGAACUCAAGAGUCACAAGAUGUUGCUAGGGUAUGAUGAUAUAGGGCCAUAUUCUGUCUCAGACCUUGGCAGAGGAGCUAGUUAGCAUGUGCCAAUGGUAGAAAUUGUUUAGAGUCGUAUCUUGCUUUUCUUUGUUUUGGAAUCUUAAAAAAGAAGUGGGGUGGGGGCAACGAAUGGGGAGAUAUUUUAAGCAUGUCUGCCAGCCUGCAAAUAUGGAAGAGAUUUGUUUUUAAAUUGCUUGUUUUAAAUAUCGGCUUAUUUCUAACAGGUGAAAUCUGUUGUUCCGACUCUUUUGAGAAACAUGCCUUUCACUUCCAGUUUUUCUGUAAAGAAACAUUUAAUGUUAAAAAAGAGUAGAUCCUGCAAUUCAUAAAGAUGAAGUAGUCUCUUUUUUUUAAUAAUUAUAUUUAUUGUUCUCUCUCCUUUACUUGAUUUUGCACAUAUAACCCAAUCUUACAAACCUUUGAGUCUUGUGAUUUCAGUAGAAUGACUGUGUUAUGUAAGGGUUUAGGGUUUGGCAUAAAAUGUAUCUGCAAAGUUGGUAAUAUUGCUUAUCAAAUGUUAAAAACAAAGGUAAUUAUUAUGAAGAAAGCAAAAUAUUUUGGGUUUGAAUUCAGUUUGUCCUAAAAUUCUGCAGGGAAGUUGGUCAAAACUAUUACAGUAUAAACUAUUCUCAAAAUCAAGUACAGUUGUAACUCAAAUGUUAUGGUACCCAAAGCUGUGUUUUAAAAGUGUCUUUAUAAUCAACAUUCAAUUCAACACUCACACUAUCAAUCUUAGACAUUGGAGCAACUUGAAAACUCUUAAUAUCCUAAUGAAAAAGAAUGAUGUAUAUGACAUUUCAGCUAUAUUUAUUCACUAAGAAAAAGGAUUUCACCAAUUUUUAAGUUGAAAACUAAAAGGAAAGAGAGAAAUAAGCUAUUGCUGUAGGCUGUUUUUGAAGGACACUAUCAGUCAAAUUUGGCCAAGGAUUUUGUAAAAAUAUUUUACUAAAUUUAAAUGGAAGGAUUUCCAUGAAUUAAGAAAACACUAUAGGCCAAAUCCUCCAUUGACAAGAGUGCCACAGGAAUCCAAUCCUAAACUAUAUGUUAAAACCCAUACUGUAAAUGACACCAUUUCAUGCUUACAUACAUGUACAUUUAUACAUUGUUCCCUUAAGAUUAUCAGAGAGUAUCAGAGAGUUCCUUUCAUCUGGUACUAAUAAAUAAGACUUUGCUUAGCUAUGUCAACUUUAUUACAUCUGGAUGAAACCUGAAACUUUACAUGUUCUCCUUACAACCAAGCUAACAGAUGUUAUGCGUGAUGGAGCCUUUUCCUGAAGACUUCUAGGUCUUUGUUCUUCCUUUGUAUUGUUUUUUUUAAGAAUUUUGACUAUGGCCAUACCCACUGCAUCUGAGCAGUGCUGAAAAUUGACACUGAUUUAGAUUGCCUUUACCUAGCAAAUACUUGCCAUUUAAACCCAGUUGAAUUAUUCAGUCCCUUCAUAAAGGCAGCCUUAAUGUGCCUGGCACAGGAAAACUGAGAAACACAUUGCUGUUACAAUGUGUUUUUUAAACCUACUCAGCUGAAAUGCUUGGAUUACAGACCUCACAGAGAGCUACCACAGCAGAAUUUUGGUCAUUUUUUGUGAUGGAUUCUUUUUCUCCCAUGUAAGUGAUGGUCAGAAUUUCACUGUUUGAUGCAAUAAUAACUAUCAGUUAUUAACAUUGAUAAAAGGCUCCGGGCCAGCUGUUUUGUCCAAAUUCCAGGUACACCCAGUACAGCGUUGACAUCAGUGCAGUACUGAUCAGCAGCACAGAAGGCAUGGAUGGCAAAGAUUUAUGUUCUGUUUAAAAUGACAUACCUACUGGAAGGAUUUUCAACAGAUAAUCAGAUGUUAUGUUACAUGGAGUCUUUUAGGACAAACUGCAAAAUCACUCAUUUUUUAAAUAGAAGAAAAUAGUUAAAUUCAAUAGAAACACUAAUGCAUGUUUACACAGAUUAAAGUUUUAGCAAUGUGACUGGAAAGAAAAAACAAUAUGGUUUACGGCGAAUAUUGUCUAAUAUUGCUAGACACUUAUUUAUUAGUAAAUGCUGUUUUGUUCUGUAAAAGUUACAGAGCUUUCAACUUUACAAUUAUGUUAAUAUUUUUAUAACUAAGGAUCUAGUGUUGCCAUAAUGAAAACUAUAAGUGCCCAAUAAGUUAUGUUUGUCAUAAGGAAAUGAUUUUCAUUUAUGGAUGACAACAAGUAUGAAGUUGUGAUGUACAUCAAGGAAGUAAGUAGUGAUUAUUUGGUCUGUUUGUGGAGAUUGUAUGAAAGAUAUUUCUAUUGUAGAAUAGAAUGAUUCUAAAUAGGGUAUGUUGUUUCUGAUGAAUGUACUGCACUUCAGUUGAUGUUUGUGAGCAACACAGCCUUAACCCUGAUGUUUUUGCUUUAUGACAUGGGAAUGUUCCAUAAUCUGCAUAAUGUAUCAGAAUAUCCCUGUGCUAGAAAUCUGUAUCAUUUGAUACAUUGUACCCUUCUGGUUUUAGAAAUGAAUAUGCUUUUUUUUGCUUUUUUUUUUUUUUAGGGUUUUUGUUUGUUUUUUUUUUUAGUUUUUUUUAGGUUUUGUACAUUCCAUCUUUGUAAGUCCAUUUCAUAUGUUUUAUGUACAGAACAUGUAAAGUCUUGCACACUCUUAAACUGAUAAAAUAUUCUAGUCAUUUGUUUUAAUUUUUUCCUUAUAGAACAAAAUACAAACUCUGUCUACUUAAGGUCAAGGAUGAACGAUGUGCAUCGAAAAGUGUUUGUAUGUGUGUAGUCUAGCUUCAUGUGUGCCACGGUAUUUUUGAUGCUUUAGCCUAAAAUUAAAAAUUUAAAUUUACUCUGUCUUGGAAGUGUAGGAAGAAAAAGUCAAGUGUGUAUCUUUACCACGCGCAAAAAAAUCCAAUAAUAAAAAUAAAGCUUGUUUCCUCUGUUGUUUUCAGGG